UUUCAACGUUUUUGUUGUGUUUUCAAGGAAUUCUACUUGUGUUUAUAAACAAGCUCAUGUCAGAAACCACCUCUGUGUUUAGAAUUAUUCGUUUGUGAGUGGACAAUUACUCAAUUGUGAUAAGGUGUGGAAAGCAUUGGUCUGUGAAAGUUUAUGUUGAUGAAUAAAAUGCCGUUUUUCACGAAUAAAUUCUCUCCGAAAAAAACACCGAUUAGAAAAGCAUCAAUAUCACUGGCUAAUAAGGAUUUGAGCCCUAAAAGAAUUGAGAGAGAACUUGGAUCGGAUAUUGGGUCGAUUAGGAUUCGAUUGGGGGAACAGGAAGCGACAUUCGAUGGCGGCAAUUGGAUUCCUGAAACUGGAAAAGUAGGGGGUACCUUCAGAGAGAAUGAGAAAUUGAAAAAAGAAGUUCGACGACUUGAAGAAGAAAAUAAUUUAUUGAAGAUAAAAUUCGAUCUGCUCCUAGAUAUGAUCACAGAGACAACAGUUGAAGCAGAGCACCAAAAAGGCGAAAUCGACACUCUCAAGAAACAACUAUCGCGAUUUCGAAAAUAAUUAUCAACAAUUAUCACAA